AAGUUACUCCGAGAGAAUCCUGCAAGCGAGUCACACCUCUUUGGCUUCACUCCGUCACAGCCCAGGUGAGCGAGAAUGGCAAGCAGCAAGGCGUGUCUAGUGGCAGCUCUGUGCUGCCUCGUCAUGUUCACCACCUUCAUCAGCAGAGCAGAUGCAGCGAGCUGCUGCAUGCGAUACACAAAGCGUCACCUCAGCUGUGCAAAAGUUUUCAGCUACAGCAUUCAGACCAUUAACAGCUCCUGUGACAUCAGCGCCAUCAUCUUCCACCUCCCUGGCAGGUUCGUGUGUGUCGACCCUUCAAAGAAGUGGGCCAAGAACUGCAUGAACUCUGUGGAGAAGAGAAGAAAAAUAGCAAAAAUCCUGGAGGAGAAACAAGUUUCUCAGUAAAACGUGUGAAUCUGCUGACGACUGCAGGGACAUCAGAUGUUUUUGUGUGACUUUUUCUCUGUUCUGUUUUAUAAACAGUUAAGUGUAGUUUUCUCAACACAAAACAAGCUGUGGCUAAAAAGCUUUAAUCCGAAGCGACGAACAGGUUAAGCUAAAUGGAUGGGGUGAGCAGGCUGACCUCAUGCAGCAGGGACUCGAACCUGCAACCGUCUUCCUUUGAGGAAAUAACAGCCAAAUUGUUACAGUAAUUAUUAAUAUGUUUAUGUAUAUAUUUAUUGAUAACUCAUAAUAUUUGUGGGUAAAUGUUUAACAGCUGAAUCUUGGUUUAGGUUCAGAAAGGUUGUAUUUAAGUCACGUUUAUGUGAUUUCAAUAAAAAUGAAUAUUUUUUCCAAUGUGCAAAAGUGGGAUUUAUGGGAAACGUUCAAAAAUCAACACAUAAAUAAAAGUCAAUGAUGCAACAAGUA